AUGUUGUCCAGUUCCCUCAGGUGGACUCGUAGCCAAUUAUUCCUCAGGAGUCGCAUGUCACAACAGCGCCGAGGUGUUAACUCGUGGAACGGCUUCAUCAAGGCAAAACUUAGGGAAGAAAAUGAAGAUCGUGAACGGGGCGAUCGCAUUAAGCUUACCCAAUUCAUCGCUGAGAAUAAGGAUGAACUCCUUGAAGCAUAUUCAUGCCUCACGUUUGCUCAAAAGCGUGCUUACAACGCAGAGGUUCUUCAAGCUCGGACAGAAAAGAGUCAUGUCGCCCGAGCAAAUCCAAAGGCAAAACGUCACGACAUCAAUGCAACAUUCACAACGAUGGAUCGCGAGGUAAGUCCGGGUCUCUGGAUGGCCCUCUGUGCUCGAACCGGCACGGAGGGCUUUUAUGUUGGAGUGCGCGGGAACAUCGAAGAUCUCUCCGAACCGAAGAUAUUUUUCACGCCGAAAGCCGAGAAAUUUGUCAAAGAGGUCCUUCACGUCGAACCACGACACUUGGGUCUCAAAUUGGAGGCUUUUGUGGUUACCGGCCUCGACGAGAACACGAUAAUUACGCGCCAACGCCCGUUGAACAAGCUCAUCAGCGAUUGUCGCACAAUCAUUCAAGAAGAGCUUGAAUCGAUUGCGCUUGAGAAGAACAUCAAGAAGGCUGUCAAAAUGAACUACGUCAACUACGAGCGCAACAUAGUCGAGCACUGCGGUGUCGCUCUCGUGGGCUGGCCACUGCCCGGACCUGUUUGCAACCCAAGCAAAGUUGGCGGAAGGGCAGAGGUUCAGAAAUUGCUUGACGCUCUACAGAGAGAACCUCACCACAGGGAAUCUUGCCAUUGGGUUGUGCUCACGGACGAAGAAUUGGUUCAACGAAUGACGGAAAAUCGGGCACGUCACUCACGUGGAGAAGCAGUAUAUGUUGCACGGAAGAAGAGGAAGGUUACGGGCCCAGUGCACAAGAGCAACACCACCAUCGACACUGAUUCCGAAGACUCAUCGGAUGACGCCUCCACCAGCGAUGAGUAG